GUCACUUAUCUUCCGGUCCAGUCUUCGGGCGUUAUUGAUAUGAAUGUCUUGAGGGAUGCGAUGAAUGAGAGGACGUCUUUGGUUUCCAUUAUGGCCGUCAACAACGAGAUUGGAGUCAAACAACCGAUUAAAGAGAUCGGAGAGUUGUGUCGAUCCAAAGGUGUGUUCUUUCACACCGACGCCGCGCAAGCCGUCGGAAAGAUUCCCAUCAAUGUUAACGAUUUGAAUAUUGAUUUGAUGUCAAUAAGUGGUCAUAAAAUAUACGGCCCGAAAGGCGUGGGCGCUCUUUAUGUGAGGAGAAGGCCCAGAGUUCGCGUCGAAGCUCUGCAAAGCGGUGGCGGACAGGAAAGGGGGAUCCGAAGCGGAACAGUGCCGACACCAUUGACCGUUGGCUUCGGCACCGCCUGUGCUAUCGCUCAACAAGAGCUCGAAUACGACCACAAAUGGGUUGAAUACCUAUCGAAAAGACUUGUCGAUAAAAUAAGCGCCGAACUAACAAAAGUGAUCCGAAAUGGAGAUCCGGACCAUUCAUAUCCCGGAUGUGUUAACCUAUCGUUUGCUUACGUUGAAGGAGAGAGUCUUCUAAUGGCGCUGAAAGACGUGGCCCUCUCGUCGGGCAGCGCUUGCACUUCGGCUUCAUUAGAGCCCUCGUAUGUGUUGAGAGCUAUCGGUUCGGACGAAGACUUAGCCCACUCUUCCAUUCGCUUUGGAAUCGGAAGGUUUUCUACCGAAGAAGAGAUGGACUAUACGGCCGAGAAGUGCAUUCAUCACGUCAAGAGGUUGCGGGCUAUGAGUCCUCUAUGGGAAAUGGUUGAGGAGGGCAUCGAUAUUAAGACUAUUAAAUGGAGCCAACAUUGA